GAGUGUUCAUAGACAUUCUUCCGUGUGGUAAACAUUGUAUUCAAGAUGGAGACCGCCAGUAAAAUGAGCCUAGCAGCUCUACAACAACAAGAUCCGUAUAUCAACAAACUUCUCGAUGUUACCGGACAGGUAGCACUGUACACAUUUAAUUCCAAAGCAAAUGAAUGGGAAAAGACCGAAAUCGAGGGCACCUUAUUUGUUUAUGCCAGGUCUGCUUCCCCUCAUCAUGGCUUCACAAUCAUGAAUCGGCUAAGCACAGAGAAUCUUGUGGAGCCCAUCAACAAAGACCUUGAGUUUCAGCUCCAAGACCCCUUCUUGCUGUACAGAAACGCUAACUUGGGUAUAUACAGCAUCUGGUUCUACGAUAAGAAGGACUGCCAGCGCAUCACUCAGCUCAUGGUUAAGAUCGUGAAGCAGGAAGCCAUGCAGGCCCACCGGGGCUCCCCAGAGAGGGCCAACGUCCCUGGGAGGACCAAUGGCUGCGCAGAACCUCGCCCCAUCGACAUCCUGGAGCUCCUCAGCAAGGCCAAGGAUGAAUACCACAGGACUCAGACGGGUGAAACGGAGAUGUCCGUUACUGCUGAGCAGGGGGUGAACACAGAGACGCUGAAAACAGCUGGCGGUGCUACAGAGCAUGCUCCCAGCGCCCCACAGCCAGAAAGGAACUCCCACUCUGGCCAGAGGCAGAUCACUGUGGAGGAGCUGUUUGGCAGUUCUCUACCCAAGGAGACCGGCCUGCUGCCAGCCAUGCCUACCCAGAGUUCCACAGACCCUGCUGCCCCGAGCCCCGCCAACUUUCUCCAGGCCCAGCACUACGCCCCCUCCAUACCCUUCCAGCCCUUACUGGCCCCCCGCCUCACAGCAGCCCCAGGGGGCAACAACCGGCACCUGGCCCCUGGUCUGAUCCCCCUGAUGGAGGCCAGAGGUGGCGCUGGCCCAAGCUACACCCUCCACCCCAGCCCUGUGUUUCCCGGUGGACCUCCAGGGGAACCCCAGCACUCUGUGUCCCCGCUGUUGGUGGCUCCAUCUGGGGCUGAGGCUCGCGGUCCCCCCCCUGUCCCUCCAUUGGCCUACCUGGGGCAGGAUCUCCUGGGCUCACUGAAACCCAGCCCCUCUGACCUCCACAAACCUGCCCUCGCACCCAACUUCCUGCCUAGCCCGCUGGCCACGCCCCAGAGCUUCAGAGAGCAAAUCCCCAAUCCUGCUGCCAUCUGUAGCAUUCCCACAGGCCCUGUGCAGCCACAGAGUAAAGAAAUGGAUGUGUUCGCUCAGUCUCAGAAACUGUUGAAAACCAUGCCAGCUGUUCCUAUGAAGGCAGGGCUUGUGAUACCGAGGGCGGGUACUUCACUUACAGGGGCGGAGCACUCCGUGCUGCUCUCACCGAGCGCCUUUCAGCAUUCUGUUGCCAAGACAACGGAACUGCAGAGGCAAGCUGCCCCUCCCUCCCCUCCAUCUGCAGCCACAGGGGCUGUGGAGCCCCCCCAACCCUCCUGCAAUAGGACCCAGCUGCAGGACACACUCAUCCACCUCAUCAAGAAUGACCCAGCGUUUCUCAGUGCCAUCCACGAGGCUUACCUCCAGAUUCUCUCCAAGGACCUGAGCAACGUCAAGCUAUAGCCUCAGUCCAGACCUGGGGCUGGGCCUGGAGAUGUCAGGACAGGGGCACCAGCCAACCUAAACUACAGGUACUGAACCACUGGGUGGGAGCUGGGACUGCUUCUGCUGCCACAUGCUAUGUACAGACACUGGCUCUGUUCCUCUGGAGCAGCUAUGGGACUGCAGGAGGAGGACUGGAACCCAGGAGGCUCACUCAUAUGGCUCUGCUACCCUGUGUAGAGGAGAAGAUUAAAGGGAGGUGUUACGCUUGACAGUACUGUCAAAUCAUGGACGCACUCUAGAAGGAAAUAUUGUUCCUCUCUUCUGUGGAUGAGAACUAGACCAAACCCCUAGGGAGGGUAAACCCUAAACCCUCAUCUCUGUUGGGGUCAGGGGUUAGGGCUUGCUGUGCAAGCCAAGCUUCAUUCAACUCCACUUCCUUGUUCUGCCUCGGUAUAGAUGGGAUUCUCCACACACAUGCCCUCUGUUCUCCCCCCUCUCUCCUCUUUCUUAACCUCUCAUGUUCCUUCUUUUUCUCUCUCUUUUUUCUGUCCUUCGCUCACCCCAUUCACCACCGCCAGCCUCUGUCACUAUGCCUGUUAAGGGACGUGUGCAAUAGAAUGCAAUGCCUUCUGGGAGAUUACUUUUUUUUUUUAUAGAACCUGGCUUCUCCUGUGGAAGUGAUUCUUAAGUGUUUUUUUCCAAGGGUUAAAACAGAGAAUUGUUGUAUUAAUUUAGGCCCUAUUCUGUGGGUUUUGCAGUAAAGGCUACUGCAGCACUCAACAUGAGCUAACUGCAUUCAACAGGGUCAUCUUGUUUAACACGCAGUUUGUUUUCACUCCGCAGCCAACAGCUCAAAGGGACUAGCAUGUCAUGACAGCUCAGUGUGGAUGUAUUUGAUCUUGUAGGUCAGGCAGUUUGAAUGUGAUUGAUCAUGUCUCCCCUGUACACAUAUCUGACCUUGUGCCAUACUGCCAAUCUGUGUUCACAUUCUUUUAUUAUUUGAUCACGCACAGUAUGUAUUUCAGUUUGGCUGCAAUCAAUCACACAUUUGAUUCCGAUUGACAGAAUUAACGAAUGGUGGCGUUAAGCUAUAGACAUGGGAAGCAAUUGAGAACAUACUCUAAACAAAUAACUGAUCAACACAUUAUGUUGUCUAAGGAAUAUUUGUUUUUGACCUUGUCUCUUGAUUUAUUUCAGCCAGUAAGUAUAUGUAAGUUUCUUUGGGAGGUAAGAGGAGAACCUCUUACUUGAUGCACUUUGUUUUCACGUCAACAAAUGUCAGUAAAAAGCAUUUCAUGAGCAAUUUGUGACUCCUUUGGUUCCUCAAUACGUUUUUUUAUAUAACAUAGUAAUACAUGUUGAUUGAUAGGUGUGUUUUCAGACAGGAUAUCAAAGUGUACUUCCCUGUGUACAUAUUAUUUAGUCACAGGCUCAAUACUGGUGGAGAAAAGAGGUGAGGCCCAGAGAUAAAAAUACUUUUUAAAAACAGUAUGAUUUUUAAGAUUAUUACACUGCGUUAAAGUAUGCUUCUUAUUGAUCAGUGCCAGUUUAAUGAUGAGUUAACUUGUUGUUUGGAGUGUUAAGAGCAUCAUUCAUUUUUAAUUAGUUGUAUUCUAUGUCACUGUGUACUUUUGUUUAUUAUUACUAUUUUGUGAUAUUAAAGUGAAGUUUUC